AUGCCGCCGCGAAAGAAGGCAAAGUCCAGCGCAGCUUCUACACCCCUCGGCGAUGGCCACUCUGGGACACCACAGGCCUCGAACACACUGUCGCAGAACGAGCUUCUGAACGACCCGUGGGAAGACGAGCAGGAGAUCCAGCUGCUGAAGAGCAUGAUGAAAUGGAAGCCAACUGGCUUGCACAAGCACUUCCGCAUGAUCUCGAUUCACAACGACAUGACCUCGCACGGCUUCGCGACCGAAAAGGUACCCCACACGCGCAUACCCGGCAUCUGGAAGAAGCUCGACCAGCUUUAUGACCUCGAGACGCUCGACGUGCGCGAAGACGAGGCCUCCGAAAAGAAAGCUGACGAUACGCCCGAUUUCGAGCUGCCUGAAGACGAAUACGGGGAGAUGAUGUGGCAGUCGCGCUUUCGUGAUUCCGAGUCAUCUGAGCCUUCGUCGCCGCCCAUGAUACCUAUCGAGGACGAGAAGGCGAUGUACGUCUCAGGCAUGGGUCUGCUCAAAGACCUGCCAGACGGCGUGCACUCGCGCCGAGAGGAGAGCGUGGCAGAGUCAACACCGCCGCCGAAAAAGAGCACAAGAGCUAGCAGAUCAGCUGUCAAGAGUGGUAAGGGUGCGAAGACUGGAGUUGCUGCCAAGAACAGUAAGGCUCAGUCUACUGUGUCUGACUCUGAAGAAGAAGAAGAGAACGACGAAGAUGACGGAGACGAAUCUAGCUCCGAGUCAGAAGACGAAGAGGAGGAUAGCGCUCCCACCACGCGCCGAACAGUUCGUGCGAAGCCGAAGCCCGCCGCGCCCAGACGGAUGAGAAAGCGUUGA